AUGCACUCCUCCGCCGUCCUCGCCAUCCUGGCCUCGGCCGCCGCCGUCUCGGCCGACAUGAUCCACCCGGGCCACCUGGCCGUCAAGCGCGACGUCCUCGCCCGCCAGACCGACAACCCCUCCGCCUCCCAGGGCGCCGGCGGCCCGGACACGGCCUGCCUCACGGCCCUCGUCUCCGUCUACUCGAGCAUCCCCACGCCCCCGCCGGAGCUGGCGUCCUACGAGGCCGCCCACCCGCCCACCGACCCCUGCUCCUACUCGGUCGACGACAGCAUCAAGCCCGUCUUCUCCAGCUACGAGUCCCAGGUCAUCUCGUGGGCCAAGCAGCACGAGGGCGAGCUCUCGUCCGCGCUGUCCAAGUGCCCCCAGUACGCCUCCCUCGCCACCGAGGCCAACAUCUGCACCACCGCCAUCGGCGGCGGCGCUGGCGGCUCCGGCGGCUCCGCCUCGGCCAAGACGACCGACUCCAGCAAGACCUCCAGCGCCGGUGCCGGCGGCUCUUCUUCCGCUGCUGGCGGCAAGUCUGGCUCCUCCUCUUCUUCUACUGGCGCCACCCCCACCGGCGCGGCGGGCUCCUCCAGCACCUCCAAGGCCGCUGCCGCUCAGGAGACCGGCUUCGUGGCUGCCGUCAUUGCCGCUGUUGGCUUUGUCGGUGCCGUUGCUGCUCUGUAA